AUGCUCAGCAACAAGGCCUUCAUAGGGCUUGUCUCACUGGGAGCUACCUUCCUCACCAACCUCGAGACAAGCACUGAGUUGAAAUGGACGGAUUGUUACGCACAACUGCAAUGCGCACGACUCCAAGUUCCCCUCAAUUACUCAGAUCCAGAAGGAGACGCAGCGUCGAUCGCCGUCACCAGACUCCCUUCACCACUCGCUGGUACAGAUGGCUACAAGGGCCCGAUUUUGAUCAUCCCCGGCGGCCCAGGCGGUAGUGGCGUAGAAUUGGUGCUAGAGAACGGCGUACUGCUUUCCCAGGUGCUUGGCCCUAACUUCGACUUCGUUUCGUUCGAUCCCAGAGGGGUUGGGAGAUCUACACCUCGCGCAUCCUUCUUCGAUACCGAGGCUCAGAGGCGGUUCUUUGACACGUCUUUCGGCGUCAUAAAUGCGACAAGCGAUGGCCUCGCUCGUAUAUGGGCGCGCGCGCAGAUAACGGGGGCGCUUGCCACACAACAUAAUCAGAACAAUAUAUUCGAGCACUUCAACACCGAAAGUACGGCGCGGGAUAUGCUGCGGAUCGUUGAAGCGCAUGGGCGGAGGAAUAUACAGGCCUGGGGCUUUUCGUACGGCACAGUGCUAGGUGCGACGUUCGCCUCCCUGUUCCCAGACCGUAUAGACCGGCUUGUCCUCGACGGUGUCCUGGACGCUGAGAGUUACUUCGCUACCCGUUGGUCUACCAGUUUGCUGGACACAGACAAGACUUUACAAGCGUUCUUCGACAGCUGCUUCGAAGGCGGUCCUGAUCUAUGUCCCUUCUACGAGUCCUCGCCUGAAGCUAUCUCUCGCAAACUAGACGACCUCACACGCACCAUCUUCCUGCGCCCAGUCCCGGUCCAAACCAGCAUCUCCUACGGACUGGUUGACUACGAGCGGCUGCGGAUAACGAUCUUCCAAAGCCUGUACACACCUUACGCAACUUUCCCUGUCCUCGCUCAAGGGCUCGCGGAUCUCAUUAAUGGAAACGGGACGGUCCUGUACCAGAUUCUCGAGCAACCCGUGUUCGACUGUGCUUGCGGGUCGCCGGCCCCACUAACAUCAAUUUCGGACGGUGGCACGGCAAUCAUGUGCACCGAUGGUGCAGAAGUACGCGAUACGGUUGACGAGUUGGAGCCGUUCGUGCAAGGGUUGUUGAGAGAUUCACAAUGGGGAGAAGUUUGGGCUAGAAUAAGGAUUGGAUGCUCGGCGUGGCCGAAGCAGGAAAAGAAACAUUUCAAAGGACCAUUCUUGGGAAACACCAGCCACCCUAUUCUAUGGAUUGGCAACACCGCGGACCCAGUCACUCCGAUUGCGGGAGCACGCAAAAUGGCCAAGGGCUUUCCAGGCUCCGUUGUCUUAACGCAGGAUUCACCUGGGCAUUGCUCCAUCGCCGCGCCGUCUGUCUGCACUAUCGGGUUUGUUAGUGCAUACUUCAUGAACGGGACACUCCCAGACGAAGGGGUUGUCUGCCCUGUAGUUCAGCCCAUCUUCUCUGGUCAGCCAGCAGAUAUUGGAGGUGGACCCGGCCCUUCGCUACGCUGA